UUACAACUCAUUCCGAAAGGCUCCCGUCCGGGGCCGCCUGGGCAGCCGGAGCCCCGCGCGCGCGGAGAAUGGUUGCGCGGAAGGUGGCGCGGCGCGGGGAGCGGCGCUUGUCCUCGCUGCGCCUUCGCUGAGUCCGGCGGCGGCGGCGGCGGCGGCGGGAGCGCAGCAUGGAUGGGCGAGACCUCGGCGGGCCCCCGCGCGCCGUCCACCUCCCGCCGCCGCCGCUCCUCUCGGGCCUGGCCAUGGACGGGCACCACCGCGCCGCCGCCGCCGCCGCCGCCGCCCGGCUCGCCCCCUUGGCGGCCGGACUGCCGCCCGCGCCCCUCGGCCCCGCCAAGUACCUCGCCGCCGGACUCAACCUCCAUUCCCACGCGGGAUUCUCCCACCUUCCCAACGGUCUGUAUCCCUCAUACAUUCCUCUGAGCCACCUGGAGCCUCACAACAGCGGCAGCCCUUUGCUUGCUCAGCUGGGCCAGCACAACCUCUUUGAGUCUCCAAAAGAUGGGUUUUAUCUUGGCGGCCACACAGGGCAGCCCCCCCUGCACCCCCAGGGCCCCCCCUCGAGGACGGCAGCCGGCCACGGGCCCAGCGCCCUCCACCGCGAGAAGGAACUUGGGCACCUGCCCAGGGCCUCGAAGGACGGCGCCAGGGACGUCGGCAAGGAGAGGGCAUGCCGGGGCGAGGUCCUCCUGGCCGGCCCCAAGAAGGAGGGCAAGGCCCGGGAGGAGCCCAGGCCGCAGAGCGUGGUGGACCUCACCCAGGACACCAAGCCCGACAGCGACAGGAAAGUGAACGGCCCCGACAAAGGCGCCAGGACCGGGGAGCAGCCGCUGCCCCCCUUCCUGGCUGAGCAUGCGCCGAGCCGCGGCGCCCACGGCGGAGAACCAAAGUUCAAGAACCCGCUGCAGACCUCCUCGCUCAGCAACUGCAACGGCGGAGGGGACCCUCUGGGGAAAGCGCUGGGCUCGGAGCAGGACCGCUGCGCCAGGGACCCCGCGCGGCACGACGAGAACAUGAGGCCUUCCUCGCACUCGGAGCGGCUGCGGAGGGGGGAUUCCGGGGCGGGGGCGGCCGCUUUGCACGUGGCCUGCAGCUGCCCCUCUCCAGGCCAACCGGGGAAGCUGGCCCCCGCUUCCUCCGCCUUCCCCCCGCAGCCGGUCCAUUCCAACAUGUACACCAUCUUCCCCCUGGCAAAGGAGCCCGGCAGGGAGCACAAGGUCAUCGCGCCCACCUUUGUGCCUUCCGUGGAGGCUUACGACGAGCGCAGCGGGCCCAUCCAGAUCGCCUCGCAGGCCCGGGACAACGGCGGCGGCAAGGUGAAGGAGAAGGACCCCCCGGCCGCCCGGGUGGGCGUCCUCCAGGCCUUGCCCGAGAGGUGCUUGGGCGACGGCGCCCGCAGCCUGCUGCCCCCGGACUUUACGGCUCACGGCGACUCCAGGAGGAUGGAGGUUCUGCGCGAGAAGGGCUCCGUCAUCCGGGCCACCUCCACGGCGCUCAGGAAGCAGGGGCCCCCGGAGACGUUCCUCAACAGGCCCCGGCUCGCCUCCCCCGAAAGCAGGGGCGACUUCCUCGCCUCCAAAGACUUGCUCAAGCCGGGCCUGGAGCCAGAGCAUCGCUCCAGCGAGAGGGACCGGUUUCCGCGGCCCGGCUGCAAGGACGCGGCAAAGAUCUAUGGCACUUUGGACUCUUCUUCCUCUUCUUCUUCUUCGUCCUCCUCGUCCCGGGGGCAGCACCUGGACCACGGCCAGCCCCCCAAGCCCUCUGAGCAGAAAUGGAAACCUUUUGACAUGGGCAACUUUGCCACCACGCAGAUGGCGGUGUUGGCAGCGCAGCACAACCAGGCCAGCCGGGCGGAGGAGGAAGCUAAGAAGGCGUACCUCGACCCCGGAGGCCUGCAGAGGACCGUGGUGACAGCGACUCGGAGUGCCGAAGGCCUCCACCCUACCUCUCACGGAGAAGGCUCGGCCAUGCAGAGCCUCAUCAAGUACAGCGGCAGCUUCGCCAAGGAGGCGGCGGCAGCUCGGCCGGGCAGCGGCAAGAAGAGCCCCUUUGGGGGUUUGGGGCACAUGAAGGCCGACCCCGCCCUGCAGGCCUCGGCCAGGAUCCAGCAGCUGCUGCCCCAGCAGGCCAGCAAACAGCUGAAGAGGGAGCCCGAGCGCCCCGAGAGCGCCAAGUCCUUUGGGCGCGAGAGCAUCGGGUCGCAGGGGGAGGGAGAAGUGCGGCACCUCCCCGUGGGCAUCGCCGUGGCCGUGGCGAGGCAGAAGGACAACAGUGGCGGCGGCAGCGGCAAGGUGGGGCCGGGGCUGGCGGACCGCGAUCGCGCCCUCUCCCUGAGCAACGUCAAAGGACACGGACGCUCCAGCGAGGACUGUGGGGAUGACCGCCCGCGCCACCGAGACAGCCACCUCCUGGCGAGUCGCCUGGAACGAGACCAGGAGAAGCUCCUCAGAGAAAGCAAAGAGCUGGCCGACUUCGCGCGGAUACACCCUGCCGGCUGCGCCGCGAACGGUUUGAACUCCAACCUCAUGGUGACUGGGGGGCCCCCCUUGGCUGGCUCAGGGCGGUGGUCCGCCGACCCAGCGUCCCACCUAGCGACUCACCCGUGGCUGCCCAGGACCAGCAGCUCCUCAAUGUGGUUGGCGGGGCACCCCUACGGUCUCGGCCACCCUUCGUUGCACCAAGGCAUGACUCCCGGCUUCCCCGCUGGCAUGGGGGGAGCGCUGCCUUCCGCCUACCAGUUUGCCAGGGACCCUCAGUCUGGCCAGCUUGUCGUGAUCCCCAGUGAGCACCUGCCACACUUUGCGGCGGAGCUGAUGGAUCGUGCGCCGCCUCUCUGGCCCGCCAUGUACCCUCCGGUGAGGAGCUCCCUGCAGCACGCCCAGCAGCUCCAGCUCCUCUCUCACCAGCAGCUGAUCCGCCAGCACGAGCUGUACAUCUUGCAGCAGCAAGCCGCCCACGCCAUGGAGCUCCACCGCAGUGCCCAGCUGGUGGAGAGGUUAAAAGCGAGCGAGCAUCGGGCAGAGAUGGAGGAGAAGAUGUCCAAGCGGAAUUUGGACGCUGCCAAGCCCGGCCUCGCCACCUCCGGCUCGGGCCACCUGCGCCGGAAGCCCCCCGUCCUGUCGCCCAGCACCUGUGCCUCCUACAGCAAGGCCGUGAGUCCGCCUGCGCUGUCCCCCAGGGCAUCAUCCCCUGUGCCCGUCCUCAAGGCGGAGGUCAUCCGAAAGAUGGAGGAGCCCCCCAUGCAGCCGGCCUACUCCUACCCUGCCACCCCCAUCUCCCACCCUUCCAGCCCGCCCCCCGCUUCUCCGCCCUCGGCCCCCGCCAUCCCCCCGAAGGAAGAGGAGGAGCCCGACAGCGCCGAGAAGAAGGAGAUGGAGAAGGAAGCCCCCAGCCCGUACCAGUCUUUGUUCCCAGAGAUUCCUUCGGGAUACCCAUUCCAGGCCCUCCCAGCUUCCUUCAGAAGACACUACCCAUACCUCCUCCAGCCAACGGCAGCCUCGGACGCGGAUGGCUUGGCGCCCGAUGUCCCGCUGCCCGCUGGGGACCCCGAGGGCCUGGCCCUUUCCCCGGAGGUCAAGCCCACCCACCUCUCCCCGUCCAAAAUCGUGAAGCCCAUGCGGGCGGACGAAGAGGAGGAGGAGGAGGAAGAAGAGGAGGAGGAGGAGCCUCUGGAAGAACGGGUGAAGACGGAGCUGGACCUGGACACAAACCACGAGGGGGGCAUCUGCAAUCAGGACGUGGGAGCUCUGGACCUGGCGGCCUCCGUGGCUCGCCCACUCCAGGACGUGGGAGGCCGGGGGCUCCUCAUGUGCCACGGCAAGGCCUUGAGCAGCUUGAGGCAUGCAGAAGAAGAAGAGGAGGAGGAGGAAGAGGAGGAGGAGGAAGAAGGAGAAGCUCUUCAGGACUGCCAGCCUGUGUACGAAGCAAUGGCCUGCCCUGCAGAUCUGGAGAGCCAAGCGGAGGCUGCCGGCGCCGACACUUGCCCCGUCCACGUCGACUACGAAGCUGCGUUGCUGCACCAGCCCGCUGAGCAGGCGGAGGAGCUGUCCCUUUCCCUGGAGCUGCCUCACAUCCGCUCUCCGCAGGGGAGGGAAUUCCCUGUCCUCCUUCCAGAAGAGGAAGAGGAAGAGGAAGAGGAGCCACUCCCGGAGAGGCCCUGCUGUGGGAGUGAGCCGGUCUCCUGCCUGGUCUCACCCCUGGAUAUCAAGCUGGACGACCCCCUAGCCGGGAUGAAUGCCCUGGUGGCUGCCGCCGAGUUGCCCCAGGCGUGCCCGCUGCUGGUGGGCGACAGCGUGGCCCAAGAGGCAGUGGUGAACCUGGAGGUGACCUCCAGCCUGUCCCCGGAACACACUUUCCUGCAGGGGAUCACGCUGCUGAGCGAAAUCGCCGAGCUGGAGCUGGAGAAGAGGAGGCAGGAGGCAGAAGGUCUGGAGAGCUUUGCCGCCCGCCCGACCCUGGAGAGCCUGCUAGCUGCCAGCACUCAGAUGCUCAUGGAAGUCCUCUCCAACCCCUUUAUGGACAGCUUGAAAAACAUCCGCCUGCCCCGCGAACUGGAUCCCAACAAAAAGUACAGCUGGAUGCAGAAGAAAGACGAAUCGAUGCACUCCAUCAAGUCCGCCAUCGAGAACAUGGAUCCCCUGGAGCUGGACUUCCGGAUGAGGCUGGCCGAGCUGCAGAGGAGGUACAAGGAGAAGCAGCGCGAGCUGGUGAAACUGCAGCGCCGGAGAGACUCAGAGGAAAAGCAUGACGAGAAAAGUAGAAGCAUGUCGAGACGAGGCCCAGGAAGGCCCAGGAAGAGGAAGAAUGGACCGAGCGCUCUGUCGCCCCCUAUGGAGAGAGGGAAGAGGGACAGCAGGAGUGGAAAGCUGGGCAAAUCCUUGCUGCUCUCUGAAGACUCUGAGGCUGGCGAAGGAACCAGGAAAAGGCACAGGGGGCUCCUCCUGGAAGAGGACGAUGCGGAGAGCGGGAGCGGGAAGCUGAGAGGACGGAAUCGCAGCUGGGAUGAGCAGGACGUGCUGGCAAACUUCUCCAGCGAGCUGAAGGUUAAGAAGAAGAAGCUGGCAUCUGAGCAGGAGCAGCUGGUGAGCAAGCUUGACAAAGCGCUCUCCCUCGGCCGGCACAGCAAGCUGAAAUCCCCCUUUAAGUUUGCCGACGGCCCCGCGGGGAGGCCGAGAAAUGGCGGCUGUUACGGCGGCAGAUACGCCUCUCCCCACGAGGCCUUGCUCGGCAGGGGCGAGAAGAGGAGCUUGGCCGAAACACUGAGCUACUCGCUGAAGGAGCCCAAAGAAGGUAAAAACAAAAUGGCUGCCAAAAUGAAGAAGAUGGAGUUGGGGCUGAAGCUCAAGGGUCACCUGAAGGCAUCCAUUUCGCCAGCAAUAUCCGAAGAUAGCAGUUAUUCGUACAAUACAGACUCUGAGGAAGACGAUGGAUCCCUGAAGGACGAGUGGUCUUCUCAUGGCUCCAGAACGAGACCCCCCAGCCUGUACGGUGUGGUGGCCCCCAAGAGCCGCCGGAUGGCCAGAGGCGGCCUCAGGACGGCAGGCAAGAAGGGCAUCUGUGCCGCCAGGACUCUCAAAUCUAAACUGGCCGCCACGGCAAGCAGGAAGCCGCAGUUUUGCUUGCUGCCCAGAGAGGGGUCUUCCUUCAGCGAUUCUUCGGAGGACUCGUUCGAUCAAGAUUCUAGCUCGGAAGAAGAGGAGGAAGAGGAGGAGGAGGAGGAAGCGGGGGACUAUGGAGUGGGGAGCAGCGCCAGGCUUUCGUCCCCCGCCCUGGACGAGAGCGGCUUGGGGCUUCUGGCAAGGUUUGCGGCCAGCGCCCUCCCCAGCCCCAUCAUCCCGCCCUCUCUUUCCAUCGUCCAGCUGGAAGCCAAGCAGAAAGCCAAGAAGAAGGAAGAGAGGCAGAGCUUGAUGGGAGCGGAGUUUGAAUACACGGACUCUGAGAGCGAGGUGAAGAUCAGGAAGAAGUCUCCUUCCGGCCUCCUGCGUGGGAAGAAGGGGCUGGUGGAAGCAGGCAGUGCCCCAGGUGCCCAGCCGGGGAACGCGAUGGACGUCACCUCCGCGGGCAGCUUGGAGAGGGCCAAGAUGGCGUCCGAGAAGAGCAGCAGGAAGCUGAAGAAAUUGAAGUCCCCAAAGGACCUGAGCUUCGAGUUCGGGAUGGAGGCGAGCGACGAUGACCUCUGGAGCCGUCGCCGCAGCGAGCGGAUCUUCCUCCACGAUGCCACGGCCUCUUCAGCGGGGCUGGCCUCCACGGCGCAGACCAGCUCGGCCCCCGUGGCCAAAGCUGCCGGGCGCUGUGUGAAGGGAACGCCCCUCAGCCCCAAGAAAGACGGAGCCAAAGGGAAAGAAAAGAAGGAGCUCGGCAAGAAGAAGAAAAGUAAAGAAGGCCCCUUCUGCUCUUCCUCCUCUUCUUCCUCCUCCUCCUCCUCCUCUUCCUCCUCCUCCUCGUCCCUCUCGCCUCCAGGCAUUGCCAGCUCCAUGCCUGACUCCCGAGGCAGCCUGACCAGCUCCCUGAGCUCCGGCAAGAAAAACAAAACCAAGCCCAAAGCCAAAGAAGUGAAGAAAGAGAACCGAGGGAAAGGAGGCGCCGUCAGCAAACUGAUGGAGAGCAUGGCUGCCGAGGAGGAUUUUGAGCCCAACCAGGACAGCAGCUUCUCAGAGGAUGAGAAUGUGCCGCUCAGUUUGCUCCUAGAGAGGCCUCUGACUCCGGCCCCCCGUUCUUGCAUCAUCGACAAAGACGAGCUGAAGGAUGGCUUGAGAGUCCUCAUUCCCAUGGAUGACAAGCUCCUCUACGCCGGCCAUGUGAAGACCGUCCACUCUCCUGACAUAUACCGAGUCGUGGUGGAAGGAGAGCGAGGAAACCGACCCCACAUUUAUUGUCUGGAGCAGCUGCUGCAAGAGGCAAUCAUUGACGUGAAACCUCCUUCGGUGCGGUUCCUCCCGGAAGGCACGCGAAUCGCCGCCUACUGGAGUCAGCAGUAUCGUUGCCUCUACCCAGGGACAGUCGUACGAGGGGCUCAUGAUCAGGAGGAAGACGGGGAUCUGAUAACAGUGGAGUUCGAUGAUGGCGACACCGGCCGGAUCCCCUUGUCCCACAUCCGGCUCCUUCCACCUGAUUACAAGAUCCAGUGUGCCGAGCCGUCUCCCGCCCUCCUGGUGCCCAGCACGAAACGCCGGAGCCGCAAGUCCAGCAAGGAUACCGCGGAAGGGAAGGAGGGCAGUGGCACGGGGUCCGAGGAGCCAGCGGCGUCCAAGGGCAAAGGGCGUGGGAGAAAACCAAGCACCAAACAGAAAGCUGAAGAUGCCGUCCUCAAGGAAGAAGCAAGCCAGGGGGAAGCUUCAACAAACCCAUCGCUUGUGCCGGAGAAGCCCGUUUGCCUUAGCAAGCAAAGCGCAAAAGGCUCAAAGAAAGCGCAGCAGGUCCCCGCCAGGACCUCCUCCCAGGCAGAAGAAAAACGUCACAGCAAAGGCGGCAAAGUCAAGCUCUCCUGCAAGAUGCCCGGCCCGGCCCAACCCGCCUUCCAGCCUCCGGCAUUCAGCAGCACUCGGGGCGACGAGCCCUAUGCCGAGAUCCCGGGCGUCCUGGGGGCCUUCAGCUCUUCGGACACCUCCUCUGGCAAAGCUCGGUCCAAGAAGGAGAAAUCUGCAGAGGAGUCACAAGAGUUUGGGUCUGUGGCCAAAGCCCAGAGGAAAGUCCCCGACAGCGAUAUCCUCAUCAAGCUGGACCACGAAGGAGUGAUGUCUCCCAAAACCAAGAAGACGAAGGAAGCCAUGCGGAUGCUGGGCAGCUCCAGCCUGGCCGGCAGGAGGGAGGCCAAAAACAUCCUGGGGCUGAGCUACGGCCCCGUGGCCGACGCCAAGCGGCAGAAAGCGUCCAGGGCCAAGGGGACCGGCGGCGAAUCUCCAGCCCCAAACUUUGGGGGGAAGUUUGGCGGCUCUGGAGAGAGCUCCGCGAAGCAGCAAGAGGACAAGGCGCAAGCCGGGCCGGCAGGAGACGAGUCGGAAAGCAACAGCAGCGGCAGCAGCUCUGAGUCGGAAGGGGAGGAAGAGGCGGAGAAGAACGGAGGGGGAGCCCCCGACAGCAGCUCGGCCAGCUCGCGGGCCUCCACGCCUGUCUCCUCCUCCAACUCCUCGUCGUCCUCUUCUUCCAGCAGCUCCAGCUCUUCUUCCUCCUCGUCCUCGUCCUCCACCUCUUCCUCCUCGUCCUCUAGCUCCAGCUCUUCCUCCUCCUCCUCCUCCUCGUCUUCCUCCGCCACGGACGAAGACUCCUCCUGCAGCUCGGACGACGAGGCGGCCGAAUCCCAGGCGGGGGCCUCCUCCGCCCAGCAGACCCUCCCCGCCAAGGGGGCCAAGCAGGCGGGGAAGUCUCGCUCGGCCGCAAACCCCCAGAGCCCCAAGCAGGAGCAGCAAUCGGCACAGAAGCAGCAGCAGCAACAGCAGGCGGGGGGCAAGACCCGCCCCAAGAAGCGGGAGGGGAUCCACCUGCCCACCACCAAGGAGCUGGCCAAGCGGCAGAGGCUGCCCUCGGUGGAGAACCGGCCCAAGAUCGCGGCCUUCCUGCCGGCGCGGCAGCUCUGGAAGUGGUUUGGGAAGCCCACCCAGAGGCGUGGGAUGAAGGGCAAAGCUCGCAAGCUCUUCUACAAGGCCAUUGUCCGCGGAAAGGAGAUCAUCCGCAUCGGAGACUGCGCCGUCUUCCUGUCGGCCGGCCGCCCCAACCUGCCCUACAUCGGCCGCAUCCAGAGCAUGUGGGAAUCCUGGGGGAACAACAUGGUUGUCCGAGUGAAAUGGUUUUACCACCCGGAAGAAACCAACCCUGGCAAGAAGCUCAACGAAGGCAAGCGCUGGGAUCAGAAAUCCAGCAGGAGCCUUUCGACCGCUCUCCAGGCCUCCAGCCAGAGGAAGGACUUCAUGGAGCGAGCGCUGUACCAGUCCUCGCACGUGGACGAGAACGACGUCCAGACCAUCUCGCACAAGUGUCUGGUGGUCGACCUUGAGGAGUACGAGCAGAUGCUGAAGACCAAGAAGUACCAGGACAGCGAGGACCUCUACUACCUAGCGGGGACGUACGAGCCCACCACAGGCAUGAUCUUCAACACGGACGGGGUGCCGGUCAUCUGCUAACCGCUUCUGGGACAGGGAAUUCUGGGAAGCACACCCCGACACUUCCAAAGCAUUCGGUUCAAUACAGCCAGCCUCCACCCCGUCCGCGGAGCGGGGCGGGGGUGCAGAGCGGGGCAGAAGAGAAGUUAAAUGUGCCUGUUUUCCGACGACAGCAUGAUUGUUUAAGCGCCCGGCCGCAUCGCAACAGGACAGGUUCCGGAAAACAAGAGAGGUCCGCCUUGCCCAAAGGGAUUUCCUGAAGUCCAGCUGAGAUCCAGCCGCUUGGCUCUCCUGCAGAAGAAGGGAACAGAUUUGCAGAAAAGGAAACGGCAGGUCGGAUUCUGCCUCUCGGGAACGAGCGUGGCUUUGUGGCCAAAACCCCUGAACUUUUCCCUCGGGUUCAGGCUUCCAUAGGAUAUUUCAGGACACCAGUCAUUUUUUUUCCUCUGGACUUUCCGAUUCCAAGGCGACCCGUCCCACUUUCCCUCGCCCAACCGCCAACCGACUUUUGCCAGGUCGGGGAGGGGCAAACUGCGUUGACUGCCAGUUAAAGAACACUUCGUUGUUGACUCUCUCACCUCGAAGGACCUCCUCUCCGCUCUCUAGCAGGGUACUGAUACAGGGGGGCAGCCCCAAAAUCUCCGGUCGCCAAAGGGGCAGGGGGUUGCUUGGGCGCAAAGGGGUGUGGGCCGACAUCCCUCUUAGGUGACGAGGAGCCGAGCAGACGGGCGAGGAGAUGAGGUGCUGAACCAUUUUCACAGCAUGGGGGAGAAAAAACACCCUCUAUUUUGGGGCCAGCCCCACUUCUCCAACCAUUGGGCGGUUGUCUCCCAAACAACGGCAUUUCCCUUCCACGUGCAAGUUGAAUGUAAGUUGCCCAGUCCUGGUUCGAAACAUGGGCCCUCCUUCAUCGGAUA